AUGCAAGGGGUCCCUGCUGUCCCUGUGCUUAGUGAACCCUGCCUCCCCAGGAGGUGUGGCCACCUGGCCGCAGUGGCAGGAAAGGGAAUGCCAGCACCGACUCCAUCCCUCCAGGGGGACCGUGAUGCUGUGGAGGAGAACCUCUGGGAGCAGCAUCCCGACUCUCACAGCUCCAACCAGGACCCGCGCCUGGACCUCUGCAACAUGCAGCUCGUCUUCUUCUUUGGCUUCUCCGUGCUCUUGGUCCUUGGCAGCACCUUUCUGGUUUACCAGCCCGACCACAGGAUGCACCACGAGUGGGCCCGCCGGGAAGCUGAGGGGUUUGUGAAACACCGUGAGGCCAGUGGCCUGCCAGUGAUGGAAUCCGGGUACCUGGACCCCAGCAAGAUGCAGCUGCAGGAGGAUGAAAACUAG